AUGAGGAUAACAGCAAAAGCCAUCGUCCACGGCGCCGCCUCAGGCGAGGUGCUGUACUCGUCAACGCCCCUCAGCUUCUGGGGAGGCGUCGGACAGGACACAGGCGAGAUCAUCGACCAUCACCACCCUCUCUUCGGCGAGAACAUCAAAGACCGGGUGCUUGUGUUACCAUCAACUCGCGGAUCUUGCACCGGAAGCCUAGUGAUGAUCGAGCUGCUGGUGAACAAACUCGCCCCUGCAGCUCUUGUCUUCAGAGACGCCGAGGAGAUCGCAACAACAGGAGUCCUCGUCGCGCAAACACUGCUCAGCCUCUCCAUCCCCGUCUACCGAGUCAGUGCAGAGCAAUUCAACACUCUCCGAUCGCAGAAAUAUAUCUCUACUUGGAGUUCUCACGGCCCCGACCUGCAAGGCAGCCAAACACCACCCCCACCACAACCGGAAGACUCGCCACCACCCCAAUUACCAGAUCCAGACAUCACAAACCACAUCUCCCUAACACCAACCGACAAAGCAAUCCUAACCGGCGCAAAUGGCACCGCCGCAUCACUCGCCAUGCAAAUCCUACUUCAAUACGCAAACCUCCAAAACGCCCACCAACUCACCCCAGUCUCCCGCGCCCACAUCGACGCCUGCAUCUACACCGGCCCAGCAAGCAACCUCGUCGCACAAACAUUCCUCAAACAGGGCGCGCGUGUCGCCGUUCCCACAACCCUAAACUCUAUCUCCAUCGACCAGCAGCGCUGGCGCGAGCUCGGCGUGGACGAGGAUCUCGCGCGCGAAGCCAACCGGCUCGCGAGUAGCUAUAUCGCCAUGGGCGCAACCAAUAGCUUCACCUGUGCGCCAUACCUACUAGGAGAUUCUGUCCCGCAGACUGGCGAGAGUAUCGGCUGGGCGGAGUCGAAUGCGGUGGUGUUUGCGAAUAGUGUGCUUGGAGCGCGCACGCAGAAGUAUCCGGAUCUGAUUGAUGUCUGUAUUGCGCUUACGGGGCGGGCGCCACUUGCUGGGGCACAGACGGCUCAGGGCCGGGUUCCUGCGAGUUGCAUUGAGGUGGAUGUAAGGCCGGAGCGGGUGGUUGCGAUGGAAGAUGCAUUUUGGCCGUUGUUGGGGUAUGCGGUUGGGAAGGUUGUUGGGGGUGGAAUUCCGUUGAUUACAGGGUUGGAGGGGAUGAAGAGCAAGGUUACGAUGGCUGAUUUGAAGGGAUUUGGAGCGGCGUUUGCUACGACGGCGUCAGCGCCUAUGUUCCAUAUUGCUGGUGUGACCCCUGAAGCGGCGCAGUUCUAUCCCGCUGGACUGCCGCGGAUUCGGUUGACGGAGACGAAUCUGCGCGCUGCGUUGGAUGGGCUGACCACGGCGAGUGACAAGACAGUUGGGCUCAUCUCGUUGGGAAACCCACACUUCUCCCUGGAAGAGUUUGCGCGGCUGAGUGAACUCUGCGAUGGCAAGCGCAAGGUAUCAUCUGUGCAGAUGAUGAUCACGACGAACCGGGAAGUCUACGGCCAUGCUUGUACUGCUGGAUAUACCAAAAUACUCGAGGCCUUUGGAGCUGAAAUCGUCACGGAUACAUGCUGGUGUAUGAUCUCCGAGUCGGCGAUUAAGGCAGAUGUGGUGAACCUGAUGACGAACUCGGCCAAGUAUGCGCAUUAUGCACCUGGGAUUGUGCACCGAGGGGUGCACUUUGGGAGUCUGAAGGACUGUGUUACUGCUGCAGAGAUGGGACGAGUUGAGGACCUUAUGGUAACAUAG